AUGCCAAUGUUACCCACAAUUCAGGAGGAGGACAGUCAAACAUGGUUUCAGCAAAUAUGGCAUUGUCGCAUCCAAUUACAGCUGACAGUGCCGGCAUCGUUAAUUCUCUUUGCCGGUGGUCUAAAAUUGGCAUGGACCGUAUACGAAUCACCGCCAAAUCGUUUUGAUUACGACUAUGAUAGUUGUCUGUUAAUAGUGGCGUUAUUUUUUGGCGCUAUCGUGGGAUGUAUAGCCGCUUCAAUGUUCGUUGGACGUGUAUCGAAAAAUAUUGCACAUCUGACCAGUGGUUCUCUACUCAUUGUCGGUGGAGUACUAUUCGUUAUAUUACCCAACUCGUUCAUUGCCCUGAUUUUCAGUUGUAUAUUUGAGGGUGCGGCAUUGGGCUUAACACAAGUGCAGACAUUCGUCGUUGGCCCCGAAAUGUGCAGCAAGGAAAUGCGCGGUUUUGUCAUGUCCACGGAACGAUGCUCUCUCUGGUUCGGCAUUCUAAUGCAACUGACAUUCACAUAUAUGUGGUAUGCACUCGAACCACCAACGGGCUAUCGUAAUAUACAGCCCGAUCAAAUUCACGGCAUUGCGGUGGCAUGUUUGGGUUUAGCCGCCAUCGUUGCGGCAUUUAGACUACGCAUCGAAUCGCCGCUGCUGCUAAUGCAACUGCAGCGUGAACCUGCAGCGAACAAUGUCCUGAAACAACUCAUCGGCAGCCAAUUGACCAGCACGGAAGUGAUGCGCGUGCGUGAGGACUGUGUCCAAUUAAUGGCAAUUGAUGCUGACCAGAGUGGCUGGUAUGUCUUUCGAAAGUGCAACGCCGGUCCAUUAUUCAAAUUGUUUAUUUUACGCGGUUUUGUUACGCUGACAAUGUCACAGCCAUUCAAUCGCGUCUAUUUGUCCGCCAGUUGGUUAGGCUUCAAUUGUGACACCAAUUGUUUGUACACGAUGGCGGCCACGGGAGCAUGUGGCAGUUUUUUGGGUUGCCUGUUAAUCGAUAGAUACGGUCGGCGCAAAAUGUGCGUGGCAACAAUGCUGCCGGCCACAAUAUUUAUGCUCAUUACUGGUGGCAUCAUGGAAUAUUUGGCAAAUACUAACUCAGCCAUUGUUCAACUAGAUUUGGAAAUUAUUGCCCUGCUAAUGCUGCUGUUCCAAUUUUUCAUUUGCGUGGGGGUCUCCGUGGCGGCCAGUGUCUAUCUAUCGGAGGCAUUUACCGUCAGGCUGAAGGGUAAGUGCGUGGCAGCGGUAUUGAUUGGCGAGCAUACACUCCAGUUGGCACUGGCUUUGGUAUCGGCCUCGGCGACCAUUAAUGCGAUGCUGUUCUUCUUCAUCAUGGGAUUUCUAUGCAUGCUACUGGGAUUGUGUGUAUUCUUUUUGAUGCCCGAAACAAAGUGUUUGACUCUAUACGAAUGUUUGCAAAAGUUCAAAAGAGCUUAG